AUGGCUGCCGUCCAAGAGAGCCUGCCUAAUGAGCUUCAGCUCGCAGUGGAUGCGCAUGUAAAAUACAUCCAGAGCCUGGAUACGCAAAAGGAUGACUUCAAUUAUUGGUUGACCGAGCACUUGAGGUUAAAUGGUGUAUACUGGGGCUUAACAGCUUUGCAUCUCCUUGGACAUCCAGACGCCCUACCAAGGGCAGAGACGAUAGAUUUCGUCCUCUCCUGUCAGCACGAUAACGGCGGCUUCGGUGCCGCGCCUGGCCACGAUGCCCACAUGCUCUCCACAGUCAGCGCAGUCCAAAUCCUAGUGAUGAUUGAUGCCCUGGAUGAUCUGGAGAAGCGGGGAAAGGGCAUCGCAAAGGUUGGAAAGUUCAUUGCCGAUCUACAAAGCCGCGAGACGGGAACUUUUGCUGGGGAUGAAUGGGGAGAGGAAGAUACACGCUUUUUAUACGGCGCUUUGAACGCGUUAUCCCUACUAGGUCUUUUGCACUUAGUCGAUGUUGACAAAGCUGUCCAGCACGUUGCCGCGUGCGCAAACUUUGACGGCGGCUACGGCGUCUGUCCCGGAGCAGAGUCUCAUUCUGGUCAGAUCUUCACCUGCGUUGCCGCCCUUGCUAUUGCCGGCCGACUAGAUCUCGUCGAGAAGGACAAGCUUGGGCGGUGGCUGAGCGAACGGCAGCUGCCCUCUGGCGGCCUGAAUGGACGGCCCGAGAAGGACGAGGAUGUCUGUUACAGCUGGUGGGUCCUGAGCAGCCUCGAGAUAAUAGGCCGAGCCCACUGGAUAGACCGACAGAAGCUCGUCGAUUUUAUCUUGCGUUGCCAGGACGUUGAACUUGGCGGUAUCUCCGACAGGCCGGGAGAUAUGGUCGACGUCUGGCAUACGCUCUUUGGAAUCACAGGGUUGAGUCUCUUGGGUUAUCCGGGCCUUGAGCCUGUGGACCCCGUCUACUGUUUACCGAAGAAGACUAUCCAAAGGGUAUUGGGGAAGUAG